AUGUCUGAACAGCUCCGCCGCACAACGCGGCACCAAGACCACAACGCUUCGCAGCGAACAAGAGGUGACCUGUUCAGCGACCCGGCCGAGGGCCUUCCAGUACGAGUAUGGCGCCUCUCUACAGUCAAGAUCAAUCAAGAUGCGUCUGCAGAAGCCGAACCAAAUCGAAGCACCGAAACCCAGGAAACUGGUGGGCUAUGGGGCGAGGCGCCAUUGCCGUCUUGCUUCUCACAAUUGCCUGAACAUAACCAGCAAAUGAUCCGCAAAAGCCGCAUGGUCAAUACCAACCCCAGAGAACUCGUUUUCGACGACAAAUUAGAAAUGUGGGUUGACGCCAAAGAAGUUGGAAACGGCCGUGUCAAACCAAAGAAUGUGGCUUUGCACAACGCAGAGUCCCCAGAGUCGAAUGAAGAAGCAGAUAAUGACGAGAAUGAGGAUGACGAUCUCAUCGACGCAGAUGAAUUACCUCAGAAGCGCAGAAAAACUAAUGCCGGACUACAAGAGCGAAUCUUUGAGAUCAAGAAGUGGACUCAAGUCCCCAUUUCUGUGGCCGAGAAGAUGCCUGAGCCGAAGUACCUUGCUGACCGGCGAUCGGGCAUGCCCAGUCUUUACGGUGGUGCGUACAAAGCAACUAAUGGUUUCGGAGCUUUGGGGCCAAACCCAGGAAUGGGAGCCGGUGCAGUAGGCUACGAUCUAGGAGACGGUUCAGGUCUGGGCAAUGCUUCUGGCGUGAUGGGUGGUGCGCAAGGAGAGGCCACGCCGGUUAGGAAGAAUAUGCCUCCGCGACGCAAGAAGAAGAAGCUUGGUGGACCUGGAAGACGCAAGGCGAAUCCUGUGCCUACAGAGGACGCUACAGCUGCUACGACGCCUGCGGAUGCGGUCGUGAAUGACACACAGACACCUGCUGCGGACAAUGAGCAGGACAAUGAGCAGGACAAUGAGCAGAGCGAGGGGGAGGGCAGUGAAGAGGGAGAGAUUGAAGAAGGAGGAAAAGAAGACGUCGAAGAGGAAGCAAAACAAGAAGCACCAGAGAUUGUGAAGGAGGUCACAGUGGAGGAAGCAAAGGAGAUUGUAGACGAGGGAGCAAAGAUAGUCACAGAGGAAGAACCAGAGAUGGAGACAGACGAGGGAGAAAAGAUGGAUAUCGAGGUGCCAGGAAUGAAGGAGACGAAGGAGGAAACAGCGAUACCACCAGAGGAACCAAAGGUGGUGGAAGUCGAUGCCCUCGUGGCUGACGUGCCAGUACCACCUGUCGACACCGAGGCCAUUGAGGCCGAAGUUGCUGAGGUCCCUGCUACUGAGGUUCCAGCCGUCGAGGACCCGGUUGUCGAAGUCCCAGCUAUCGAGGCUCCGGCUGUCGAGGCUCCGGCUGUCGAGGCUCCGGCUAUCGAGGUCCCAGUCGUCGAGGAGCAUAGCACUCCUGCGCCCGAUCUUGAUGUUGAAACAGCAGCCAAAGAGGAAGACGUUGUUGAGGAGAUGGAUCUGUUGGGUGGUUUAGAGGCCGCGGUCGAAAAGGAACAGCACGCAGGAGAGUAA